UUAACUUCUCUCAAAGUCAAGCGUCCUCGUCUCUCCCUACUCCCUGCGCCGCUCGUUCUCUCCUUCUUCAGCCACAGACCAGAGUCUUUCUUUAUACCUUGUCGUCGCUUUCGUUCUUUGCCGUCGCCUCCGCAGCAGUCGUGCUCUUCAAGCGUACAAGUGCCAGCUUUUUUUUUUCCCCUUAAAUUAUACGAGUGGAGUUAACCAAGAAGAAGAAGAUGGGGAAGAAGAAAGAGAGGAAAGUGAACGUGUCAGGAAAGCCGAAGCACUCACUGGACACAAACCGCAGUAAUGGAGCUAGCAGUAGCUCAACUCGUAGCGCCGCUACCGUACGCCGCCUCAAGAUGUACAAUACGAGGCCCCAGCGCGAUAGCAAGGGGACAAUUUUGAAGCAUGAAUUGCAAUCCAAGGAGCUGCCUAAUACGCGAAUACAUCCUGAUCGCCGCUGGUUUGGAAACACACGAGUUGUAAAUCAAAAGCAGCUUGAGUUUUUUCGUGAAGAGCUUCAAAGUCGGAUGUCAAGUAACUAUAAUGUCAUUCUGAAGGAGAGAAAGCUGCCACUGUCCCUUUUAAAUGACCACCAGAAGCAAGCCAGAGUACAUCUACUUGAUACGGAGCCCUUUGAGGAUGCAUUUGGACCUAGAAGGAAGAGGAAGCGGCCAAAGCUUAUGGCAGCAGAUUAUGAGUCUUUAGUUAAGAAAGCUGAUGGUUCUCAGGAUGCUUUUGAGACCAAGAAUGGUGCUUAUGCGUCUGCAGAAGGAGGUGAAGGAGAUGGUUUUAGGGAACUGGUUCGGCAUACAAUGUUUGAAAAGGGACAAAGUAAGCGUAUAUGGGGUGAACUAUACAAAGUUAUAGACUCAUCAGAUGUUGUUGUCCAGGUUUUAGAUGCCAGGGAUCCCCAAGGUACCAGGUGCUAUCAUUUGGAGAGGCAUUUGAAAGAGCAUUGCACACACAAACACAUGAUUCUUCUGUUGAAUAAGUGUGACCUUGUUCCGGCUUGGGCUACAAAAGGGUGGUUAAGAAUAUUAUCCAAGGAAUAUCCAACUCUAGCAUUCCAUGCAAGUAUCAACAAGUCUUUUGGCAAGGGUUCUCUUCUAUCUGUAUUGAGACAAUUUGCCCGCCUAAAAAGUGACAAGCAAGCAAUAUCAGUGGGAUUUGUUGGGUAUCCCAAUGUUGGAAAAUCGUCAGUUAUCAACACACUACGCACUAAGAAUGUGUGCAAGGUUGCCCCUAUCCCAGGGGAGACUAAGGUCUGGCAAUAUAUAACACUAACAAAACGGAUCUUCUUGAUUGACUGCCCUGGAGUUGUUUAUCAGAACAGUGACUCUGAAACAGAUAUUGUAUUAAAGGGUGUGGUACGUGUCACAAACUUGGAACAUGCUGCUGAACACAUAGGUGAAGUCCUGAAACGUGUCAAGAAGGAGCACCUUGAAAGAGCAUAUAAAAUAAAAGAUUGGGAUGAUGAGAAUGACUUUUUGGUUCAGCUUUGCAGGUUAACAGGCAAACUUUUAAAGGGUGGCGAACCUGACUUGAUGACUGCAGCAAAGAUGGUCCUUCAUGACUGGCAGAGAGGUAAGAUACCUUUCUUCGUCCCACCUCCAAGGCAAGAAGACUUGUCCUCAGAGGAACCUACUUCAUACAGUAUAGAUGAGGAGGCUGCAGGAGAUAGUAAUAAAUCAUCUGCUGCAUUUAAGGCCAUUGCAAAUGUCAUUUCAUCCCAACAACAAAAAAGUGUUCCCGUCCAAAGGGAUCUUUUUAGCAAGAACGAGUUGGAGGGUGAUGGAGAUGAUCAUCUUCCAGUUGAUGAUGGUGAGAUGCCUGAACAGGCAUCAGACAUGGAGGAUGAGGAUGAGAUUUCGGAUGAGCUACCGAUUAAUGAAGAUGAAAUAGAUAAGGAUUUAGGAGCAACUGAAUCAUAAUUUAUAUUUGCUACAGAUCAGAUAAAAAUUUUGAGAUCUCACAUGGGUUACAUAAUAUUUGUUUGAUGAGUUGAUUUGAAGUUUGUAUUUUGCAUUUUAAGUUGAAUAGAAGUAAAAGUUACCUUGAGAUGCAUGGACAAGGAAAGGCACCUCAACUUUUUAUCCCUUGAGAAGGGAAACGCAGGGUGUUUCGAAUUGCAUUAGAAAGCAAAUGAACUUUUGUAUUUAAGUUUGGUUGGGCAGGAAAUUAACUUGCAAAUGUUGCUAACUAUAUGUAUAUUUAGGGAAAAAAAUGUUGAGGUCCCUAAGGUUUGAUCUAA